CUCGGCGCUCACGCGAGAUCGCGGGCGACGACGGAGGCGCAGGGGGAAGGGGACGGCGGUGUUGUUUGUUUAGGUUUCCGCAGGCAAAAUGGGAACGUUUCUCUGUUUUGAUUGUCUUCCCGCACUGGUUGUCCUCCUCGCGUGCGCGUCCGCGUCCGCCGAUGUGUUCGACAGCGUCCUGGGGAAUACGGCGUCCUGUCAUAAAACGUGCCAAAUGACGUACAGUUUGCACACUUACCCGCGGGAGGAGGAACUCUACGCCUGCCAGAGAGGCUGUCGCCUCUUCUCCAUUUGCCAGUUUGUAGGCGAAAACGAAGACUUAAACAAGACCAAGUCCGAGUGUGAAUCAACGUGCCGAGAAGCCUACCCCCAGUCAGAUGAGCAGUAUGCAUGCAGCCUCGGCUGUCGGAGUCAGCUUCCAAUUGCAGAACGAAGGCAGGAGCAGUUGUUGGCCAUGAUGCCCAGGAUUCACCUGCUGUACCCCCUUGCCCUGGUCAGAGGGUUUUGGGAGGAUAUGAUGAGUCAGGCUCACAACUUCAUCACUUCCUCAUGGACAUUCUACCUCCAAGCUGAUGAUGGCAAGGUCGUCAUAUUCCAGACUGAACCGCAAAUCCAGAUUAUUCCCCAAUUUGAGAUGCAGAAGGACGUCAAAGAAGAUCCGCAGAAGACAGGUUUAAGCAGCCCUGUUUACAAAGACUACCAUCACACCUUUAUCCAGGAGAGGGGCAGGGACAUGUUUCGGGACCGUGACAUCGAUGAGGAUGACUACAACCUCUUCAGCUGUCUCUCAAGAAAUCCUUGGCUACCAGGAUGGAUUCUGACUACAACCAUGAUCCUAUCUGUGCUAGUCCUGAUCUGGAUUUGCUGUGCCACAGUGGCAACUGCUGUUGACCAAUAUGUACCUGCAGAGAAACUGAGCAUCUACGGUGAUAUGGAUUACAUGAAGGAACAGAAGCUGACUCCAUACCCUGCAUCCUCCUUGGUGAUCAUCACCUCCACAGGGCAGGAAGAGGAGGCCGGCCCCCUCCCUUCCAAAGUCAACCUGGACCAGUCCAACAUCUAGAAGCUUAAGUGGCAAAAGAGCAGGGACAUUGUUCUUGAUAAAUAAUAAUGAAGUUGACUUUUAUCCACCUCUGGCGCAAGGUCCCCACUUCUAGCUUUCUAAAUAGGGAUAGCUACUUCCUGCACAUUUUAUAUGACUUCGGUUUAAUGUCUCAUCACUCUAUCAAGCUUCUGCGAUGGGGGUGUUUGAGCGAUUUUUUUCUGUAUAUUGGUAUAAUUGAGGCAUUACCAUGUAACAAUGGCGAUAUGAGGCAAAUAGAUUUUUGGAUUUUUCUCCUAUUUUGUUGUUAGCAUUUGGCCUUCAUUGGUGUUGCUAUUUUAUUGAAUAAUGAUGUGUUAAUACACGACUUGUGACUUGAAGUACUCCAGUUUUCACUGAAACUCUAAACCUUUGAUGAAACUGAUUUUGGUUUUUAGCUGAUUACGCUGAUAUUGCUCACUCUCCUUUUGUGUUGUGUUUCUACUGCAGUGGGUUUCAUAUUAGAAUCCUGUUGAAUUAUACGAUAUAAUACUAUGCUCUAAAUCCGUAUUAAAAGUGACAGUGCAUAGGUCUUCGUAACUUCACUCUUGUCCUUUCUCAAAUGAAAACAGGUUCUUAAAUAAAAUGUGGCA